AUGCACAACCCGUCCCAGAAGUCGUGGUUGAUCAACGGCAUUAUUCUAACUUUAAAAGCAAAUCAACAGCCUGGGGGCAUCAGCCGAAGCACCAGCUGGAGCAAUACCGGGUGCUGUAUCCUCUUCAAGGAUCUCCUGGGCAGGUUCACGUUUCAUCAGAUGCCUGCUAUGCUACUGCCUCUUCAAAUGAGAGCUGCAAUGCUGUCUCCAAGCUGCCUGACACCGCUUCAGAAGCUGGACGUGUUUAUGAAAGUCGUCGAAUCCACGAAGAAGCUGGAGAAGCGACUUAUAUGCCAGAUCUGCAGAGUUUGGGGCAUCAUCAUCAUCAUCAUCAUCAUCGCACCUUCGAUUCUUAUGGGGCAUCCAGGAGAAGCAUAUAUGCCGAUGACUUCGUACGCCCUAUUGAUUAUAGGGAUGAUUUACGAUUGGUUAGCCAACGCCAGCACGGUCAUGUGCAAACAACUGGACCUAUGGAUUCUCUUCCCAGACCAACUAAUGACCACCUUCGACACCAUUCAAGCAGGGAAUUUCUUGAUCCGCCGUAUCGUGCACUCAUCAAUCCACCACAUACAGCUCCAAAUCAUCGAGGCGCGGGAAUCAGUCGACGCGCUGAUGAUCAAACCCUUGCGGAUUAUUAUAGCCCUAGUUACUACAGUCGACAUGAAACAUACGGUUCUUCUCUUGCACUUGACCGGGAUGCCAGAACUGAUGAACGACAAAUGCAACAUUUAG